GACCAUUAUUUGGUGUUAAUUUAGGGUCAAUCAAAGGUUUACCAAUAGUUAAGCCUUGAUUGUUACUGUCUUUUUACCCAAAAAAUAAAAAAAGCUAAAUGUUCACUUUUCAUCUUAAAGUAAGUUUUCAUCUGGAGUAAAGAGACAUGAAACAAAAAGUAACUACUCUAAUGUUAUUUAUCAUCCUCUCAUCUUCAUCUUUAUCAUCUUUACUCACUUUUACCUCCCUUUGUGGAUACUCUUUUUUUUAGCAUUACACUCUUAUUAUUACAUUAUCAAACUCAGUUGACGAGUCUUUCAAGCCAUAAAAAAUAUACGCACAUGAAACUUGUUACAUUGUAUUUUGUUUUUACCUUUAAUUUUCAUCCAUUUCUUUAUCAUUUUUAAUGCCUUCUUCAUCAGUUUAUCAAUUUUCAAUUCAAGUUUACCUUUUGCUUCUUCUUCUUCCUCUGCCUUGUAUCUGUUUCUGUGUAACCAAUUUUCACCCUAAAACAUGAUCACUUUUGUUAUCACUUUAAUCAUUGUGUCAGCGAAACUUUGCUGUGUAAAUAUUGAUCAUAAUCAUCAUCAUGAUCAAUGAUCAUCCAUUAUUAUAUCAAGUGUGAUAUUAUUGGUAAUCUUGUUGAUAAUCAAUCCAUUGGUACAAAGCAAAAGUUGAUGUUAGUUUCGGCUAAAGUGUUGUUUUAUUUACCCUUGGAGUAUAACCUUUACCCUUGUCAGACCAUAAUCAUCUUUAGUACUAUUGUUCACCUCAAUGAGAACCCGAUUUACAAAAAUGGUUCCUCUCCUGGAACGAUCUCCACGGGAAUUGUCUGCUACUAAACUUGAAGAUGAUGUGGCUCAAGUUUCAAGUCAACUGAAUCGGGUUAAAGGUGAUACAGUUGACUCGGAUAAAGCCGAUUAUGGGACAGCUAAUCAAAGUAAGGAUAGUGUUGGUACAUCCAUAUCUCAAGCUGCCUCGUCCCUUGACACCUCCAGUGCACCCAUUGGAAUGAUUGAUGUCUCCAGUGCAACGGUAUCAUGUUCAUCACCUGCCUCGGGUCACUCGCCAGUUCAUCCUUCAGCUCAUUCCUCUGCUCAACCCUGUGAUCAACCAGUCCAACAGUCAGUUGCAAGUAAACCUGGUUGUUGUUCAACUUCCCUUCAAGCCUCAACACUCCGUCGAGGUGGUUUACUUAACCGUCAGUAUGCUAUUGAUGUACCCGUGACUGGACUUCAAUCUAGUUCCAGUAACAGUAAUAAAAAUAAUAGCAACAGCAAUAGUCUUAGUAGGCAUGAUAAUCAAUCCCAAGUUGCUAUUAAUAGCAGUAAUCAGAAUGCUAAUAAUAAUCUUACAAGUAAUGUAAACAGUAACAGUGGUCAUACUGGUUGUGCCCAAGGAAACAAUCAACACAAAACGACACCAACAAUCAUUUUUUCACCCGACAAUUCACUAGACUCCAAUUGUUACCCAGCCGUUUCCAAUGCCUGUUCAGGUUUACAGAAGUCUCGGCAAGAACAAUGGUUAACCAAACAGCACCAGUCAAGCUACAAUAGUUCACUUCGAUCCAAUGGUGAUUUACCCAAUCCAUCGACAAAAUCAAGAUCAAGACGAAGCUCACUUCAUGAAAUUAAAGAAUCAGCAAGAAGAAAGUUUAGUAUUUUACCUCAUGUGUUAUCAUUAAAUUCUGAUGUUGUGCCUGAAUAUAAAUAUGAUGAAACUGAUUUCCAAGGAGAUGAUAUGAUUAAAUCAUUUUAUGCAUCGAGAAAAGGAGGCAAUCGAGCAGCCCUUAGAUGGACUAUUUUACACUAUUCACCUUUCAAAGCAAUUUGGGACUGGAUUAUUUUGAUACUUGUAAUUUAUACGGCAAUAUUUACUCCAUACUAUGCAGCUUUUUUAUUACAAUCAAAUACAAGGAUAGUUACCAAUAUAAACGAUCCCAAUGUACCUCGCCAAGAACAAGAAUUUACUCUUGUGGAAGCCAAAAAUCUUUCAAGUUCCCGAUAUGAUGUGCUCUUCAUCAUUGAUAUUGUUGUUGAUGUUAUGUUUAUUAUUGAUAUUGUGAUAAAUUUUCGAACAACCUAUGUCAAUCACAGUGACGAGGUUGUUACAAAUCCAGGGAAAAUUGCAACCCAUUAUUUAAGAGGUUGGUUUAUAAUUGAUUUGGUGGCUGCUCUUCCUUUUGAUCUUAUUUUUAUUGAGGCUGAUAUUGAUGAUGCAACAACAUUAAUUGGUCUUCUCAAAACCGCUCGUUUACUUCGAUUGGUUCGUGUUGCUCGUAAAAUAGACCGGUAUUCUGAAUAUGGAGCUGCUGUUUUACUUCUUCUAGUUGCUGCCUUUGCUCUUGUGGCUCAUUGGUUAGCAUGUAUCUGGUAUGCCAUUGGGAAUGCAGAAAGGCUUAAAGCGGAUAAUUAUCGUUAUAAGAUUGGCUGGUUAUACGUACUUGCCAAUGAUACAUACCAUUUUUAUGAAAAUGAUGGAACUGGAGGACCUUCAAUACGAACCAAAUAUAUAACUGCCCUUUAUUUUACCUUCUCUUCGUUAACAUCAGUCGGUUUUGGAAAUGUUGCUCCAACCACUGACAUGGAGAAGGUUUUCUCUGUAAUUACAAUGUUAGUUGGUUCACUCAUGUAUGCAUCCAUUUUUGGUAAUGUUUCGGCAAUUAUUCAACGUCUCUAUUCCGGUACUGCCCGAUAUCACACCCAACUUUUACGAGUACGGGAAUUUAUUCGUUUUCAUCAAGUGCCCAAUCCACUUCGACAACGAUUAGAAGAAUACUUUCAGCAUGCUUGGAGUUACACAAAUGGGAUUGAUAUGAAUAUGGUGCUCAAAGGAUUCCCUGAAUGUCUUCAAGCUGAUAUAUGUUUGCAUUUAAAUCGUAAUUUACUCAAUAAUUCAGCAGCCUUUAAAGAAGCAUCACCUGGUUGCCUCCGUGCUCUUUCAAUGAAGUUCAAAACAACUCAUGCUCCUCCAGGAGAUACUCUAGUUCACAAAGGAGAUGUUUUAGUGGCCUUAUAUUUUAUCGCUCGUGGUACAAUUGAGAUACUCAAAGAAGAUACAGUCGUUGCUAUACUAAGUAAAGAUGAUGUUUUUGGAGAGAAUCCGUUGCGAUAUCCAACAAUUGGAAAAUCAUCUUGUAACGUUCGUGCAUUAACCUACUGUGAUCUGCAUAAAAUAUCUCGUGAAGAUCUGCUUCAAGUCCUUGAAAUGUACCCUGAGUUUAUUGAAAAUUUCAACAGUAACCUUAAAGUAACCUUUAAUCUAAGAGACGAGAGUCAAAAAGGUGUACCUGCUCGGCGUAUUCAAAAAAGGGCCCAUAAAUGUUUAACAAGUCGAAGUUUGGCAUCACCUCCAUCCGAAGAAGAUGAGGAGGAAAUUGGUAACAACAAUUUGGAAGCCAAAGGACCUCGAAACUAUUAUGGACCAUUUGUUGCGAGUUCCCUUGAAAAUGAAGAUGACGAACCUGAUCCGUUGAUGGUUUACUAUAAUAAUAUUCGUAGACGAAAUUCGGGUGCAGGAAUUCUUGAAUUUUCGCCUGCUAAAGCAGGUCGUGAUGUUACUCCAGCUAAUUAUGAUUUCAGAGAAGCUUGUAAAAAGCGUAAAAAAAGUGCAACUAAUCAUUCUUUAGCAGGUGCCUUGUCCAGUGUGAAUAAUCUUGCUUUCACAACAGCUCAUCAUAAUCAAUCUUCAUCACCAUAUUCAGAUGAAUCAAAAAGCCCAUCGAGCAAGGAGCCACAAGGCCGACUUGUUUGUCCACCAACAACUGAAAAUAGUUUGGAUAAUGACUAUCUACGGAUAAAUCAAAGUCAACAAGAAAGGCUUGUUCAAAAAGUUAAUCAACUCUCAAUUAAGCUUGAUGAAAUGGAGAAAAAUGUAUCCGAAAAGCUUGAAAAUGUACAUCUAUUGGUGCGCAAUUUAGUCUCAUGUGAAACUGGCGAUUUGGGUGAAAAAUGUGAAAUUGCAUCAAUCCAAAUGGGAUCCAGUCAAUGUUUACCUUUAAGUCGAACCUGUUCAUAUUCGAGUAGCCUUCAAACUCGAAGUCAUCCCACUAUUCGACCAACACUUCGGCCUACUCGAAGUCUCAUUGAAACCUUGGAAUCAACGGAUAAAUCUAUUGAAAUGUCUGAUAAUUCACCAUAUGAUUAUGAAGAAUUGAGAACCUCCCUGCAAGUGGACGAGGAGGAGAUGUCAUUUCUAAAUGAGGGUCACCGAGCCUUGGAUCAAAAUCCAAGAGAUGAAAGUAUCUGCUGAUUUAUCAAUAAUUUCAUUAAAUUUCUAGACACACCCAAGCAAAAGGAAAGGGAGUAAGAAAUAAAAUGGAUGGAGCAAAGAUGAAAUUGGUUAAGGAAGGCAAAAGAAGGGAGAGAAUAAAAUUUAAAGCUAUGGAAAUGAAAUGAAUGUUCAAGAGACUAAAUCUACUUCCAAUGUGAUUGAAAUUUGUCCAUUUUGCUUCUUUGGGUGGACAUAUCCGAAUAAUUAAGCUUCUAUUUCUCUUGGUCAACAGCAUUGCAACACUCGAUGCAAAUUUCUAAUGAAUUGUUGAUAAAUCUGGCGAAAUAGGAAAUUCAGCUUUGCACAUCUCUUCUGUUUCUCGUAUACAAACUUCAUUUCAUUUUCCAAAUGAUCCAUUAAGCGUCUGUUAUUCCCUGAAAAAAAGAUUAUAAUUCUACAUAUUACAAUGUGUUUAAAGGUUAUUCAGAUGUUUCCAGGGAGAGAACUGUUUUUGUGGCAAAAAUAAUAUUUUCAUCAUUUUCAUCACCAUGAAGUCCUCCAUAAACCAGAUUAAAGAAACAAAUCCGCUAGAUUUGAUUGCCAAAUGAUUCCAGGAUCAGAUUUGUUUCUCUAAAUAAAUCAAAUCUACUUAAGGGAACAAUUAUUUACAAAAAUGACAAGUUUGUUCAUCAAGAGCAUGUUUACAAUUUGUUGCUCAAUUAUGCAAAAUCUUGUUUUUCAACCAGAAACAAUUACAAUAGUUGAUACAGAAUCAAUUUUUACGUUUUUUUCACCAUUUGUGGUUAUGGAGUACUUCAUUAACAAUUGUGCUCAAAGUCA